CACACACACGCGCACGCACACACGCACAACCUGUGUUGUGGUGCUACAGGAAGCUGCUCAUUUUAAGUGAACCGUGCGGCUCAGUCUGCCAGUGGACCGAGGCGCUUUACGGAGUCGGUUUACUGAGUCGGUUUACGGUACCGAGUCAGUUUGGAUCCACUUUAUAACCUGAGACAUGAACCUCCGGGAGGUUCUGCUGGUCUGCUGCUUGCUGGGGACCGUGGGAGGGCAGUUUGCGAAGUCUCUGAACCAGUACAUCCGUCACUAUGAGGGGCUGUCCUACGACACUGAGGCUCUGCACAGCAGCCACCAGCGGGCCAAGAGGGCCACCUCCCACCGAGACAAGACGCUCCAGCUGGACUUCCACUCCCAUGGAAGGUAUUUCAACCUACGGAUGAAACGGGACACAAAGUUAUUUUCUCCAGACGUCGUCAUAGAAGUUUCCGGGGUGGAGGAGCCAGUGGAUACGUCUCACAUUUACACUGGGGAAAUAUUUGGGGAGGAGGGGACGCUGACCCACGGGUCGGUGGUCAACGGUCGCUUCGAGGGCUACAUCAAGACCCAGCAGGGCGUGUUCUACGUGGAGCCCACGGAGCGCUACCUCAAACGCCAGGACGCCGCCUUCCACUCCGUCAUCUACCAUGAGGACGAUAUCCAUUACCCCCAUAAGUACGGCUCUGAGGGCGGCUGUGCGGACCACUCUGUGUUCGAGAGGAUGAGGAGGUACCAGGAGUCGGCCACGGAGGAGCCCGUCCAGAGCCACUCGGUGCUGGAUGAGGAGGACCUUCCUCCUGGUCCCGUCAUCCUGAGGAAGAAGAGGGCGGUGGCGGUGGAGAAGAACACCUGCCAGCUCUUCAUCCAGACCGACCACCUCUUCACGAAGUACUAUGGCUCCACGGAGGCCGUCAUCGCCCAGAUCUCCAGCCACGUGAAGGCCAUCGACUCCAUCUACCAGGCCACCGACUUCCUGGGCAUCAGAACCAUCAGCUUCAUGGUCAAAAGAAUAAGGAUUAACGGGACGACGGAGGAGAAGGAUAAGAACAAUCCCUUCCGGUUCCCCAACAUCGGCGUGGAGAAGUUCCUGGAGCUGAACUCGGAGCAGAAGCACGACGACUACUGCCUGGCCUACGUCUUCAGCGACCGGGACUUUGACGACGGCGUGCUGGGCCUGGCCUGGGUGGGCGCGCCGUCAGGAAGUUCCGGGGGCAUCUGUGAGAAGAGCAAGCUGUACUCGGAUGGGAAGUGGAAGUCCCUGAACACGGGCAUCAUCACGGUGCAGAACUACGGCUCCCACGUGCCGCCCAAAGUCUCCCACAUCACCUUCGCCCACGAGGUCGGCCACAACUUCGGCUCUCCGCACGACUCGGGGACGGAGUGCACCCCGGGGGAGUCCAAGGUGCAGACGCAGAAGGAGCAGGGGAACUACAUCAUGUACGCCCGCGCCACCUCUGGGGACAAGAGGAACAACAACAAGUUCUCCGUCUGCAGCAUCCGCAACAUCAGCAGGGUGCUGGAGAAGAAGAGGGGCGACUGCUUCGUCGAGUCGGGCCAGCCCAUCUGUGGUAACGGCAUCGUGGAGGAGGGCGAGCAGUGCGACUGCGGCUACAGCGACCAGUGCCGCGACCAGUGCUGCUACGACGCCAACCAGGACGCCAGCAUCAAGUGCAAGCUGAAGGCUGGCAAAAUCUGCAGCCCGAGCCAGGGCCCGUGCUGCCGAACCGAGUGCACCUAUAAGGUCAACAGCGAGAUGUGCCGGAUGGAGUCGGAGUGCGCGCGGGAAGGGAAGUGCAACGGCCUGUCCCCGCGGUGCCCCGCCUCGGAGCCCAAGGAGAACCUGACCACCUGCCACUCGGACACGCAAGUCUGCAUCAACGGGGGCUGCUCCGGGUCCAUCUGUCAGAAGCACAGCCUGGAGGUGUGCACCUGCGCCAGCGAGGAGGGCAAGGACGAGGCCGUGGAGAUGUGCCACGUCUGCUGCAUGGAGAAAGGUAAACCGAACACCUGCAGCAGCACGGGCUCUGAGCGCUGGCUGCAGUACUUCCACCAGAAGGUGGUCACGCUGCAGCCGGGGUCGCCCUGCAACGAGUUCCGGGGCUACUGCGACGUCUUCAUGAAGUGCCGCCUGGUGGACGCCGACGGCCCGCUGGCCCGGCUCAAGAAGGCCAUCUUCAACCCCGAGCUCUACGAGAACAUCGCCGAGUGGAUCGUGGCCUACUGGUGGGCUGUGCUCCUGAUGGGUAUCGCUCUCAUCAUGCUCAUGGCCGGCUUCAUCAAGAUCUGCAGCGUCCACACGCCCAGCAGCAACCCCAAGCUGCCGCCCCCCAAACCUCUGCCAGGUGCAGGAACGUUAAAUCGGAGGAGGCGUGCCAACCAGCAGCGGCAGCCGGGGCCACCCAGAGAGAACUACCAGAUGGCCCCCAUGCGGUCCUGAGGGGCCCAGCCUGCUGCCUUGGUCCUCCUCAGUGCCUCCGAGGGAGCACUUCAGUCCAAAGAGUUCACCCACACACAGACUACCGCAGGACUAUGACCUGUUCUCCAGCUUCAACAGGGGGGGGCGCCGCCUUCGGGACCGCCUCCCCCUGCGCCCCUUUCGCUUGGCGCGCCCCCCCCCCCCCCCCCCCCCCCCACG